UGGUGUCCCGCUGUGGCACAAAGCGAAGCUUCUGCUGUGCCUCAAAUGAAUUUGACAGCCGUGGAUGUGGUAGCCUACACCAAGUGCCAGUCAACCUCGGUUGAGCGCGCGCCAUGGUUAAGAUUUGAAGUGGAUUAUAUCGUUUUGAGUAAACCUAUUGUAUUUAUUUGGAACAAGAAAACAUCUAUCCGACUGAAAUGUGUUCUCAGUUGACUACUUUCAGAGCCAAGUGAGUAACUCAAAAACUACGUGUCUAUCACUGACACUGGAGAGAAGAGGAAUGCGUGGUUUAACAUGGAUAUCGGGCAAAGGAUAAGCAUCGUUAAAAAUUGCAGGAAUUAUAGACAGGCCAGAAAAGGUGCCGGAAAGGACAAAGCCAGGAUUCUGCACACCUGUGGUUGGAUGUGAGCCUAUAUUAACCUGAGACAGUUAAAAUGGAGUUGCUAUGGAAACUGAUGAUGCUGCUAUCAUUUGCGGAGUUCCUUGCAGGAAACAACGUCCUGCUGAGGCCUGUGUUCACCAAACAACCAGGCAGUGUGGUGUUUCCCGUCCACCCCACUGAGACCAUCAGAGAGGUGGUGUUCAGCUGUGAGGCCCAGGGACAUCCACCUCCCUUCUACAGGUGGAAGCUGAAUGACUCCUUCAUUGUACCUAGAUCAGGGUCACGCUAUGCCCUCACUGGGGGCAACCUACGCAUCAGCCAUCUGAACAAAGAGGAGGAUGUCGGGAUCUACCAGUGUCUGGCAACCAACUCUUUCGGCACCAUCGUCAGCAGAGAAGCUAGUCUACAUAUAGCUUACUUGGAGAAUUUCAAGACACAGAGUCGAAGUCCAGUGAGGGUUCGUGAGGGCCAAGGAGUGGUCCUACUCUGUGGCCCACCACCCCACUCUGGAGAGCUCACCUUCACCUGGAUCUUUAAUGAGUACCCAUCCUUUGUGAUGCAAGACACUCGUCGCUUUGUAUCUCAAAAGACGGGUAACCUGUACAUUGCCAUGGUGGAGCCAUCAGACGUGGGCAAUUACACCUGUGUGGUGACCAACACAGUCACCAAAAGUAGCAUUCAAGGCCCCCCCACCCCUUUAGUGCUACGUGUUGAUGGUGUAAUGGGUGAAUAUGAGCCAAAGAUUGAAAUCCAGCUUCCCGACGUCAUACCUGUGGCCAAGAGUUCUACUGUCAAACUGGAGUGUUUUGCACUGGGAAACCCAGUUCCAACCAUUAGCUGGAGAAGAGUGGAUGGGGUAGCAGUUGGACGAAAGGUGGACGUGAACAAGGCCAGUGGAGUGCUCGAGAUCCCCUACUUCCAGCAGGAAGAUGCAGGCCUUUACGAAUGUGUUGCUGAAAACUCCAAAGGGAGGAACUCGGUUAAAGGAAAGCUCUCUUUCUAUGCUCCCCCUCACCUGAUCGAGGAGCCUCGGGAUGCUCAGAAGCCAAUCGAUGACACCCUGGUGUGGGAGUGCAAGGCUAGUGCCAAGCCAAAGUCCUCGUACCGAUGGCUGAAAAACGGCGAGCCUCUGGACACAAUGGAGAUGGAAAACCGGGUGUCUCUUUUUCAGGACAGAGUGCAAGUGAACAACGGAGUCCUGACCAUCAGCAGCUUGAAGCUGGCCGACAUUGGGAUGUACCAGUGUGUUGCAGAGAAUAAACAUGGUCGGGUCUUCACCAACACUGAACUCCGAGUUAUAGCUGUAGCCCCAGAUUUCUCCCAGAACAUGCUGAAGCCUCAGACCCUGGCCAGGCAGGGGGGUGAUGUGCUGAUUGAGUGCAGGCCUAAGAUGUCUCCACAUGGGAUGAUCUCCUGGAGGAAGGGGAAAGAAGCACUCCGAGAGAGCCACAGAGUCUCAGUGUUGGACAAUGGAAGUCUUCGAAUAGCAAACGUUACCAAAAUGGAUGUCGGCCUCUACACCUGCGUGGCAAGGAACCAGUUUGGAGUGGCAAGCAGUGCUGGGAGUCUUUUGGUUAAAGAGACAACCAUUAUCACCAGCCCAGCUGGGCAUUUGGACGUGACAGUGGGCGAGAGCAUCGUCCUCCCCUGCCAAGUCUCCCAUGACCCCACGCUCGAUUUGAAAUUCACCUGGUUCUUCAACGAACAGCUCAUCCACUUUGGAAACCACGGGGGCUACUUUGAGAAAGUUGGCGGACGCUCAGCAGGUGACAUCAUGAUCCGUAACAUUCAGCUGAGGCAUGCUGGGAAGUAUACCUGUGCUGUCCAGACCAAGGUGGACAGUGUUUCCAUCGCCACCGAUGUGGUAGUUAGAGGUGCUCCAGGCCCACCUGUGGAAUUCCAGGUGACAGAGAUGACAGACAGCACAGCGUCUCUCUCCUGGGGACCGGGUCCUGACAACCACAGCCCAGUCCUCACCCACAACAUCCAGGCCCGCACAACUUUUUCACUGGGCUGGCAGGGAGUCAUCACAGUUCCUGAACUUCUUGGGGGCAAACAGCUGACAGCCACUGUCAUUGACCUCAGUCCGUGGGUGGAGUAUGAGUUCAGAGUGCUGGCAACCAACGCCAUCGGAACAGGAGAGCCCAGCAAACCUUCCAAAAAAGCCCGGACCAAAGACAUGCCUCCCAAGAUAACGCCAUCCAGAGUGAACGGAGGUGGAGGUGGUCGCUCGGAGCUUGUCAUCACUUGGGAGCCUGUCCCUGAAGAGCUACAGAGUGGCCCAGGAUUUGGCUAUGUGGUAGCUUUCCGACCUCAGGGGGCUCAAGGCUGGAUGCAGGCAGCAGUCACCUCCCCCGACGCCUCCAGAUACAUCUUCAAAAACGAGAGCAUCGCUCCCUUCUCUCCGUUUCAUGUGAAAGUGGGCGUGUACAAUAACAAAGGGGAGGGCCCCUUUGGGCCGGUGGCCACCAUCUACUCUGCAGAGGAGGAGCCCAGCAGAGCCCCGGGUAGGGUGCGGGCCAGGAGUGUGUCGGCAUCGGAGGUAGAGGCCACCUGGAAGGCCCUGCCCUGGAGCAACAAUAGGAGACGCAUCCUGGGCUACGAGCUGAGGUACUGGGGUGAGAGGGAGAGACAGGAGACAGCCAGUGUGAUCAGGACCAUGGGUAACCGGACAUCUGUGGUGAUCAGAGGCCUGGAGGGCAGCAGAACCUACUUUAUCUCCCUCCGAGCGUACAACAGUGCUGGGGUGGGCCCUCACUGUGCCACAGUCAAUGUCACCACCAAGAAACCCCCCCCAAGCCAGGCACCGGUGAAGAUCAUAUGGAACACCUCAAACUCGAAGGUCAUCCUCAAAUGGGAUCAUGUUAGAGCUCUGGAGAACGAGUCCGAGGUCACUGGUUACAAAGUGAUGUACACACAGGACAGACACAGUCGUCCCAACGUGGUCGAAACCAACACCACGUCUCUGGAGCUGGCGCUACCGGUCAACGAGGACUAUGUCAUCCAGAUCAAACCCUUCAGCGAGGGAGGAGAGGGGAGUAGCAGCAGACAAAUCACUAUUCCCAGGAUAGCAGGUUCAAUGGCCAUUGGUGCAGCCCCGGAGUUAUCAGCGGUAUCCAUGGUCAAUAUGCUUGCACUCUAUUUCACAGCCAGGACGUUCCUAUGACAAACAGCUCCUGGACCACACUGCUUUCCAUGAGGGCACUGGACAAAGAGGCCAUGUAUCUUCUUCCUCUAACAGAUACCCCCUUUGUUGACAAUAUAUUUCCCUCAACCCUUUCAUGGGAGAUAUUGAAAGUCCAGCUUGGAAACUGUUGUUACAUAAGCAGCGUUGAUAAACGCUGAAAUUACGUUGUUACCGCUUUCUGUCUUUUUAAAAUGUUUUCCGUAAAUGGAUAAUCUCAAAAGCGUUUCUUUAUGAAGACAAGGAGAUACGAUGCACAAGAAGCUGUGUACGUUUCAGGAACCCCUGUGAGAGCUUGGUCCCCCCCCCAAAAGGAGACUGCUACUUUCUAACAUAAUUUGGAUAAGGGUACAACUGGCGAGUUAAGAUGCCGCUGACCCUGGACAGUGUGAAGGGAAUUAACUCACGCACAUGAAAUGAAGCUACGUUCAAGAGACCCAUACCUGCAGUGAUGAUUGUCAUUCCCUGAAUCCUCAAAGACUGUAUCUAGGACACCUACUGUACUGAAAAGGUUAAGAAGAGAAAACCUUGUUUCACAGGUGACCCCUGCAACUACCAGGGCGUCUUGACAAACCUCGUUAUGUUAUGGCCUGGUUCGGGACCUAUGUUCCUUUUCCUGGAAACUGCACUUACUCUUACAUAACAUAAAAUAUAAUAUUAUGUGCCAUUUAGCAGACGCUUUAGUCCAAAGCGAUUUAUAGUCAUGCGUGUGUACAUUUUACGGAUGGAUGGUCCCAGGAAUCAAACCCACAAUCCUGCCGUUGCAAGCGCAAUGCUCUACCAACUGAGCAACAGAGGACCACAUAUAUCGUUAUAUAUGGACUGUUAUAUACAGUAUAAAUUAUAACAUUUUGAGCCAACAUGGUUCCCAUCCACCCAGCCUCAUAAUACUGGCAGCUGCAGUACAGUCAGCACCAAAAUGGCUUCUGGUAGGAACAACAGUGUGGUGGAAAGCUGAUAGAUGGAUGUCUUUUCUCUCCCCACCUUUCCCUCCAUUACAAGUGCAUAAAUAGCCACGCUAAGCUGUGUGAGCCAAUUUCUUGUACACUGUAUGUAUGAAAUCCUCAGGUCCCAAAAUGAGCCUUAUGUCUAUUAUCAUUGAUGUUUUUAUUGUUAUUAUUAUUACCGUGUUACUAUUAUUUAUUAAUCACAUGUGUGUAUCCAGAUAUUGUUUAUUAGAAGUGAUCCCAAUUUUAUUAAAUGAGAACAUGGUUCCUUUGGACCAUUUUAUGUUUUAUGUUUGAUCAUUAGUGCUCAAAUUUGCCUUUUUUCUUAUGUCUUUCAUGAUUUGCAUUGUAAAAGAAGUGGCAGUGUUUAUUGAGUUUUUCAAACAUUGUGCAUAUUCCUACAGUCAACUGCUGUUUGGCAUGAAAGUGGUCAAUGUAAGUGGCUUGGAAUAUUUUAAUGGAUCAACCUGCUUUUAAUAAACAUAAUGACAUUU